AUGAUGCUAAGUCCAGACCAGCCAGAUGCCGGGCUGCCCACAGAGACCCUGCUGAACGGCAUCAAGAUGGAGUGUGCCCCCAUGCCUGCGGAGCCCGCAGAAGGCCAGGGCAAGGCGCGAUCUCUGUCCAUGCCUUCCCUCAGCAGGGAGGAGAAGAGGAGGCGGCGGCGUGCCACCGACAAGUACCGGUCCGCACACGCCACGAGAGAGCGCAUCCGCGUUGAGGCCUUCAACGUUGGGUUCGCCGAGCUGAGGAAACUUCUCCCGACACUUCCGCCAGACAAGAAGCUGUCCAAGAUGGAGAUCCUCCGGCUGGCAAUCUGCUACAUCACCUACCUCAACCAUGUGCUGGACGCGUAG